GAGUACGAAGAAUUCUUUCACUUCUCGUCGAUCGAAGAUCUGCCAGUUGCUCUGAUCUCAGAAUCGAAAUCGACAGCCUACGAACAUUACACUAUGAGCAGAUACUCCUUCAACGUGUUCCAACAAUUCUCCUUUCUGCACUUACUAUGGAAGCUGCACCAAUUCGUCGUAAUUGCAUCCUCGCAGCCGACGCUUCAAUCGGUCUUGCAGAAAAUAAAAGACGCCCCUUGGGCGAACUUCAACGGAUUGCAUAUUCUCGUCGACAGAAAAACCGAGGAACACGGUUGCAUAAAUGCUCAUAGCUUUCUCUGGACUGCUUGGCAAUACGAUAGACUUUCGACGAUAUUCAUGUGCAUCGAUCCUGACGAAGGUUUGCUUUUGUAUACUUAUAAUCCUUAUUCCAACGAUGCGCCGAGUAGUUGGCAGGAUGCUGGACAAUUUAAAGGACGCAGCGGACAUCCUUGGAUUUUAUUGAAAAGAAAGUUUCCCGAUGGGCCAAACGUAUGCGAAGACUUGAUGUUCGACAAGACGACGAAUCUAAACGGCUACGAGGUUCGAUUGAACGCGAUCUCGUUCGCGCCGCAUCUUCGCAUAGAUCCGAGCAAAUCCGGCUGGGAUAAAUUCUCCGGCGACAACAGCCAGAUUAUGAAGAUAGUGUUGCGCAAAUUGAACGCCAACUUGAACGUGCGCGUGUACAAUGGGACUGUUUACGAUCUCGGCGGGAUUGACAGCAAUGGGAACAUAGUGGGAAUGCUGGCGGACGUGGCCAAUGGCGAAGUGGACAUGGGCAUGAACGUGAGGAGCCUGUACACGAUGUGGAAGGUCGAGCACACGUAUCCCCAUGGGCAAGACGGGUUGUGCGUGAUUACUCAGCAGGCAGGAGAAAUAUCAGAGUUCAUCAAGAUCAUUUCCUUUAUGUCCCCAACUGUAAUGAUGGGAAACAUGGUUAUGUCCAUAAUUACAUCUUACGUGCUCACAAAAUACCAAGGAUUUCUGCCAGCUGUUUUGAACAUGAUUCGAUUGAUUACUCAAGUUUCGCUGUACAGACUGCCCAGAGACAAUCCUUUUAGAAUCUUCUUCACGAACGUGUUCAUAUGGUUGCUGAUAGUGAACGCGGUGUUUCAAGGCCAUUGGUCCUCGCUUUUGACUGUUCCUGCGUUUAGACCUAAUAUCAGAACCUCUGAAGAUCUCAAGAAAUCCAACCACCAAAUCUACGGCUCCAUAUUCAACUUCAGAGAGCUCCAGGACAACAAACUCCGACAACGUUUCCGCGAAGAAACUUACCACGGCUGCAAGAACAACGUCCUCGAGUCUCCAGACGCGGCGUGUCUAGGCGACUGCAAUCAUCUCUACGAGAGGAUCCAAAAUCAGCGUCUCCAUCGAUCCGAAAGGAUACAACUGAACGUCCAAGUCUACGUAACCAGAGAGGACUGGCCUCUGUUCACUCGUGUGUCAGGCAUGAUACGUAACGCGGUUCAAACUGGGCUCGUGACCAUGUGGGAGAAGCUGAGUCGAAGGAAGCUGUACAGAGCGUGGAGGAAGAGACGAGUCGAACAAACCAGAAGAUUCCGAACCGUGGAGAUCCAACAUAUUUCCUUCGGUUUUCAUAUCCUCGCCAUUGGAUACACCUGUGCGGCCGUUGUUUUUCUCGCAGAGGUUCUUCUCGAGAGGGAACAACUUCGAAGAUUGUUCCCAAACUUCGCCUACUUCUCCCUCAGCCUACCACCUCCCCUUAAACAACGCUCAGAGACAAACAACAUCAACAUCGUCGCCAAAACACAUCGCAGAGACCAGCUCGUCGCGUUUCUAGGUCGAACAACCUGCGAGAACUUGGACUUCUCUAAAACAGGGACACUGGGUGGUCACAUAGUGCGAGCAGUGGCCCCGCGCAAUCCUCCCAGCCUGAUGAUCGAUCACUCGGAAGACGACGUGAACAAGUUGUGCGGCUUGGACGGCACAGUGGCCGGAUUGCUUUUGAGCAAGUUGAACGCGGGCCUGCGACUAACUGGCGUGAUGAACAACACUCGUUACUCCGCGUUCCUGCCCCCAGUGGCGAACAGCGUGUACGACGUGUUGCUGAAUAUUCAGUACGUCUUCGGCAAGCCUAACACGACCACCACCUAUCCUCACGUGAACUCAGGGAUCAGCAUUCUGACCAGGUAUCCCGAUAACGAGACAGCCUACGCGAAGAUCCUCAACUUCACGAAUCCUACACUGACACUAACGAUCGUGCUAGCCUGCGUGGGCACUGUGGUCGUCCUUGAAAUUUUUACGGCUCGAGGAACAGCACACGCGAGCCUCGAGGUGCUUCGAAUAGCUUUGAAUAAUUCCAUGUUGCAUUUUCCCGUCAGAAGUCCGCUCAAGGUUUAUCUCAUCGCCGUGUUUUCUUCGUUCCAGAGUAAUUUGUCGUCUCUUCUCACCUCGCCUGUUCCUAACUUGCCCGCGGACUCGACAGACACCUUGGAAGAGUCUGAAUUCAAGAUCUACGCUUAUCGCGGAUGCAAGAACGCUCUCUUCGACGACGUUCUAUUUUCACGCGCGGAAACCGUGGAUCAUUGGGACUGCAGCGAGUACGUGACUAGGGAGAGAAACGUAGCUUGUGCCGCGGAUAGAUCUACGUUAUUAGGCAUCUCUUUUAAGAAGAAUCUUCGUCUCUCGAAGCACAGGUUGUACACUUAGUACUCAGCAUUCGCGGCGCGACCGAAUUGGCCGCUGAAGGAUCGACUCAGCGAUCUGCUGACGCGUCUGUGGCAGACCGGGAUGAUCGAGCAUCGGUGGGACAAGGUGAGGGUUAAGUACGUUCGUAAAUGGUUGGAGAGAAGAACGAAGGACGACGAGAGGAAUAGGUUCGAGGUGACGAAGCUGAGCGACCUCGAGUUCGCGUUUUAUUUUCUGGCUCUAGGGUUUUGCUUAUCGACGGCGGUGUUUGUAAUGGAGAUCUUCGCGCGGCGCCUAAGGUUGAUCCUUGGGAGGAAGGAUAAGCGCGAACCAGCCAUUUUUCCGUUUAUCGCUUCAGCUGGACUUUUCGAUCUUGAUCACCUUGAGAGAACGUCUUCGGUGCUUUUAAUCGACUUUGUAGUCGUUUCUGACAAGCGUAUAAUUUUCCGUCGUGAACGUUAUUUACGACAAUCCUUCGACAACGGAGUACUUAGCUCCGUCGCCGACGGUUAA